UGUCCGGGCGGAAGCGCGAGGGCGGUGCCGGCGGCUCCAUGUGGCAGCGGGUGCGCUCCGCCCUGCAGCGGCUCCGCGCCGCGCCCGCCGCGAUGGAGCGGGCCGUAGUGCGGUGCGUGCCCGGCGAGCCCAAGCUGAGCGUGCGGCUCGUGCUCCCGGACGGCAGCGCCAGGCAUCUGCAGCGCGACCAGGCGGAGCCGCUGGGCCGGGCGCUCGCCCGCAUCGCCGCCAGCGCCGCCAGGGGCCCCGGCAAGGCGGGAAAGAAGAACAAGAAGGCGAAGGGCGGCCCAGCGGGGGAGGGCGCGGCGGCGGCGGCGGCUCCGGUCGUGCGGCUGUUCGGCCGUGGCGGGGAGGCAGUGGGCGAGGAGACGCCGAACGCGGCGGCGUGGCAGGAGGGCGCGGUGCUGCAGGUGGGGGACACGCGGUACCUCGUGGAGCGCAACCCGCCCGCGCUCACCGAACUGCGCCUGCCGCGCUCGCUGCUCGCCGGCUUCCCCGUGUGCCCCGCGCUGAGCACCGAGUUCGCGGCGCCGCGGCACUGCCUGUUCCGCUGGUUCCGCGAGCGCCGGGAGCCCGCGGGGGACGGCGGCCCCGUGUGGGAGGAGGCGGCGGCCGAGCGCGUGUUCACGCCGGGCGCGGCGCUGGUGGGGCUGCGGCUGAAGCUGCGCUGCACGCCCGGGGACGCGGCGCGGCGCUUCGGGGCGCCCCGCGAGGUGGAGAGCAGCGGCCCCGUGGAAGCGGGCCCCGGUACCUGCACCUUCGACCCGCGGCACCUCUACACCGCGAGGCCGUGCGGGGGCGGCUCCGUGCGAACCGUCACCUACAACAUUCUCGCCGACACCUACGCGCAGACCGAGUUCUCCCGCACCGUGCUCUACCCGUACUGCGCGCCCUACGCCCUGGAGCUCGACUACCGGCAGAACCUCCUCAAGAAGGAGCUGGCGGGUUACAGCGCCGACCUCGUCUGCUUGCAAGAAGUGGACAAGUCCGUCUUCGUGGACAGUUUGGCCCCGGCCCUGGAUGCUUUUGGACUCGAAGGGCUGUUCAAGAUCAAGGAGAAGCAGCACGAAGGGCUGGCCACGUUCUACCGCAGGGACAAGUUCAGCCUCCUUAGCCGGCACGACGUAGCGUUCAGCGAAGCGCUGCUCUCGGAGCCGCUGCACGAGGAGCUGCGGGAGAAGCUGGCCAAGUACCCCCUGGUGCAGGAGAAGGUGCUGCAGAGAUCCUCUGUGCUGCAGGUUUCAGUUCUUCAGUCUACAACAGAUCCUUCCAGGAAGAUUUGUGUAGCCAAUACCCACCUAUACUGGCAUCCAAAAGGUGGGAACAUCCGUCUCGUCCAAAUCGCUGUAGCCUUGACUCACAUCAAGCAUGUAGCGUGUGACUUGUAUCCUGGUAUACCAGUCAUAUUCUGUGGAGAUUUUAACAGCACACCAUCAUCUGGAACUUACAGUUUUAUUAAGAGUGGUGGCAUUGCUGAAGAUCACGAAGACUGGGUCUCAAAUGGCGAAGAAGAAAGGUGCAAUAUGCCUCUAAGCCAUCCUUUCAAACUGCUUAGUGCUUGUGGAGAACCUGCUUACACAAAUUAUGUCGGUGGGUUCCAUGGAUGUCUGGACUACAUUUUCAUUGAUGAAAAUGCUCUAGAGGUUGAACAGGUCAUUCCAUUGCCGAGUCAUGAAGAAGUAACAGCCCAUCAGGCCUUGCCAAGUGUUAUACAUCCUUCUGAUCACAUAGCACUAGUAUGUGACUUGAAGUGGAAAUAAGUCAGCUCUUGUGCGGUGCUUUUGGGGGUUUUCAAAGACAACACUUAUUUAUGGCUGGGGAACUGAGGUUGCACCUCAGCUUGUGUGCUCUUAGCAGGGAAGUCGUAACAGUCACUGGGAAGUUGAUGUGUUUAAUGGUUCCACUGAAAGUUACCACAUUGUUCAGAAUAUUUGCAUGACAGCUUCUCCCUUGCCUUUUUAUAUGCCAAUAGGAAAAAUAUAUUUAAGAUGGGGGGUGGUUAAAAUUGGGUUAUCAUAUGCCUUUUUACUGGUGUUUUUAAAGGAUUAAGAAUUAUUUUCUUAAAGAUAUAAAUUGGAUUAAAUUCAUGUAAGAUGGUGUACAAAUUUAACCCUGCUUAAUUCAGAACCAAAUGCAGAACCUGAAAACAAAUGGAUUUGGUUGAUUCAACCUCAUUGCAUUGUAAUUGCUGUCAUGACAAUGUUUUUUUUUUUUAAACGAGUGCAGAAAGGCUUGUUCACUUACCAUUACUGUGGCCCAGUUUUUUAGUAAGUGGCAUGACCCAUGUAUGUGUACCUACAACCUUCUGAAAAGAUGUUCUUUAAUUAUCAGUGAAUGGCUUUUCUGUCAACAAUCAGCUGUUAUAAUUAAUUUGGAAGCAUUUUGCUUGCCCACUUGAUAUGGGUAAUGAGGGUAACUUGAGUACCUGGUAAAACUGGACUACAUAAACAGGUAGCAUCUACUUUGGACAUCAGUUCCUUCUGGUUUUUAUAGUCAUUGGCAAUAAGAGAAAUAAUCAAGUUUAAGACUGCCAACUCUGGAUGGGAGAAAGCUUUUUAACAUUAUAAUCUAUUUUUAGGUAGGAGGAGAUACAGGAGAGUUCAUGUGGUGCAUUAGCUUAAAUCUGUGCCUAAAUCUUCAAAAAGAAACACAAGUGACUUGCAGACAUUGACCACAAUUGUUCUUAUUUGUUCCUCUGUUGGACACAAAGAAGACCUCAAUGUUAUUGCCACUUUUUUUCCUUUUAGAAAUGGUAGUUUUCCCAGUUUUCUAGAAGAAACUUGGAUGUGGGGAGACAUCUUUUUUUUCCAUAUACUCAUUGAAUGUGCUACAGGGGGUCGAGUCAUUUAAAAGGAUUCUUUCCCUGCAUCAGUAGUCCAUUUGAAUGAAAUGGCAUUUGAAAACCAUUUCAGUACAUCACUCUCUUCCACCUAAUAAAGUUCCCCUUUCAACUGUCAAGUGCUCUCAAAUGAUUUUUUCUAGUUGUCUUUCACGGCAAA